AUGGCAAUGAGACGCGUAGCUUUCUCUGCAGCGUUAUCGUUAAGAGGAAGCAAACGUCACAUCAUCUUCAGCCCCCGCUAUGACUGGCGAACUUCAGGUGUUCAUGAUAUUGCACCAAGGGAUGAGGGUGACUUUGUGUACGAAGGGGCACAACAGACGCUCCCUGGUGCUCACCCUCUCCCAUUAUAUGACCCACACAACACCGUAACACGACCCUUGGUGUCACCGUACUUACCAUCACCUCAAAGGUCUCAUCCCUAUUUUACAGAACCUCUUCCGGAGUUACCACACUUUGACACUACGAAACCUGUUGUUUAUACAUACGGUACUAUGAAGGAACGUAUCAUCGUUCCAGUAUAUAAUUUAAAUAAUGAAAUAAUAUAUACCCGUGAACUAGAUCCUUUUAUUUUUGGCAUGUACCCAGAGACAGAAGAACUUAGCAAAAAUAUUACAUAUUGGAUGGUACGAUGCCAAAAUUUUGCUAGUAAAUGGGACUAUGAAACUCGUGAGAUAUGGCGAAAAGCCAAAAAAAACUGGCCUAAUACUGGUAUGGGAAUGCCACGCGCUAGCAAUCGAAAGAAUCACCAAUACCCGUGGGGAGGUCGUACGAAACCGUCUAAACCGUGGAAUAUGCUAAUGCCUACGAUGGAUGUCAAAACAUGGAGCAGAAGUAAUCGCAUGAUGUUAACUCUUAAACUACUUCAGGGACGACUGCAAGUUGUUGAUAGACUCACUCUUGCGGAACCAACACAGGAGUGCUAUUUAAAUCUCUGUAGAAAUAUGUCCUGGGAUGUGCGACAUAUGGGUGGUGGUGUUCUCUUCAUGGAUGGUGGUUCGCGCCUUACACCAAGCUCUGAGUUUGAUCGGUCUUUCUUUUUUGGUAGUUUUUUUAAUGGUAGGAAUAAAAUAGUUCGCCCCACUGUAUUAUGUGAUGAACAAUAUGACUACAAUAAAACUGCUUCGAAACAACGAAUGAAGGGGCCCAAGGGUCCCAAGAAUCCUAUACCAAUAAAUCGUUUUAAUGUUUAUGAUGCGAUGAAACAUGAAAGACUAGUUAUAACAGAAGGUGCACUUAUGCAACUAGAAGAGGAACUGUAUGAGCAUAAGCUACAGGUGCUUCCUCCCCAUAUUCGUAAUCAAUUGCCUGUGCGCAAUUAUCUUGAUAGCGAAGUUUUGGGCGACUGUGUUCCCCCGUUACAGACAAUUCAAAUGGAAACUGCCGCACGUACAGAAGAAAUCGAGAGUAGUAUGUAUCAAACAUUCCUUGAUAAUCCAUAUCACCCUUGGAAAGAUGAAGUGAACGCUUCUUACGCUGUUGAUGCGGCAGAUGGGACGGUUCAACAGUUUACCAAUGGGAAGAAGACGUCAUGGUCAAUGCUACAUUGA